AAGGAACUGCAACCUCAGACUAUCUUGUGGUUUCAAAUGGACACUGUGCUCCUAGGUUAGGACACACCCAGCCCCCACUUAAAACGACAGAAUGAACUGAACCAAGUCAAGCAAUAGUGGAUCAUUUUGGAAAAACAUAAAACAAACAACUCAGCAGUGUGAGAGGCAGCUUCUGACAAGGCUCACAUUCUCGCAGCCAUGGCCGACCCCACAGAAAACUACGGGAACUACACCUACGGAGACUACCUGGAGUACGGAGACUUCGAGGAGACCGACGACGGCUACAGCCAGAGAGAAACCAUGCAUCUCAUGUCGGUGGUCGUCUACAGCAUCUCCUUCGUGUUCGGCCUGAUUGGAAACGGCAUCGUCAUUUGGGUGACAGCGUGCAAAAGCAAAAGGACCGUCAACAUCAUUUGGCUGCUCAACCUGGCGGUGGCAGACUUUGUGUUUGUGGUUUUCUUACCCUUCUCCAUCGAUUACGUCCUGCGGGACUUUCACUGGAACUUCGGUUUGGCCAUGUGUAAACUGAACUCAUUCGUGUCCGUGAUGAACAUGUACGCCAGCGUGCUCUUUCUCACGGUGAUCAGCGUGGACAGGUACGUGUCGCUGGUCCACCUCAGCUGGUGUCAAAGGUACCGCACCGUGCCCAGAGCUUGGAUUGUAUGUGGGUGUGUGUGGGGGGUGUCUGCCGCGCUUAGCUGUCCGUCCCUGAUCUUCCGCGACACGAUGCAAUUACACAACAAGGUGGUGUGCUUCAACAACCUCCACGCGGGGAGUGCACACGCCGCGGCUGUGAGACACAUCGUAUUAGUGGCCAUACGCACUACCGUGGGCUUCCUGCUGCCUCUCAGUGCUAUAUGUAUGACCGGUGUGCUUCUGACUGUCAAAGUCAACCGGUCUCGGGGUUCUGUUCGCCUGUCUAGCUUCUCCAAAGCCGUUGCCGCUGUCAUUCUGGCCUUCUUUUUAUGCUGGGCACCCUUUCAUACGUUUAGCUUGAUGGAGCUGUCCAUCCACUCGACGAUGUACCUGCACAACAUACUCAGAACCGGAUUUCCUCUCGCCACCAGUUUAGCCUUUUUCAACAGCUGCGUUAACCCGCUGCUCUACAUGCUGCUGGGCAAAAAGGUCCGCCACAUCGUGAAGCGCGCAUGCCUGGACCUAACUAAGAGUUCCCUGAGAGAGCUCAGCCAGUCCAUUUCUGCAACCGAGACUGCUUCUGCGCCAGAGAUUCUCCAGGAGGGCCUGCCGGAAGAGCCUGUUGAGUUAUCGGCAGUAUAAUGGCACACGUUUCAGACCUAUACUUCUCCCUGAAACAUCGAGGCUAUAUUUGACUAUUAUUUAAGUGCAGACGGGGAGGAUUAUUAUAGCUGUUCAUUCCGGCUGUGCCGUAAAAAUUUCCAAAAUUGGCCAACGGAUAUUCUGGGUGCCAAGUCCAGAUGCCUGUAAAUUACGCUGAGAGAGGGAAAAGCCCAUAGUGCGACUGCAUGGAACAAGUGUUUCUGACAUGGCUUUGCAAAUGGCUGAGUUUCUUAACCCCUAGCGUCUUCUAGAAUAAGACACCAUACACAAUAUUAGUUUUCUCUUACAAAUUCACGUGUUUUUUUUAUUUUUUUUAUUGUUUUACUCUUGACUGAAAGGGAAUUUGAUAUAAAACUUUAGGUUACCUGACAUAACGCAGGUUUUCUGAUAACUGGGUGAGGAAUCUCAGCCUUUUGGAGCCAGUGAUUCAGCCACAGAAGACCCAGUCACAACCUGUCUGUCAGUCACAGCGUCCAUUGACCUCAGCGACUGGAUUCUCGGGUUGUUUUUCUCCCUUGUGCCAUGCGGGGGGCGGGGGGGGUUAAUGAGAUGUGAUGCGAUGUUAUCAGAGAACUUGGACUCCCUUAAGGUCUCUUUCUAACUCUGGACGGUGGACAUCUCAUUUUGGACUGUGCCCCAUGAGGCAGACCUUCUGCACGACGGAUAUCAGGAACUUCAAAUAUGCGAAAUAUGUGGCGCCCAUUCAUGUAGCACCAACACUGAGGAUCGUAUGUGGCGAUGAAGGCUCAGUGACAUCAAACCCACAAAUCUGGACCAAAGUAUACAGAGAAGCCCAAUUUGCUUCCUCAAUGAUGCCGUAAACAGAGACCCUUCCCUAAACAAGGCAAGUAAUGGGACGACCCCCUUCACACAUGAGUGGUUGAAUAGCUAGAGAGCUCUCCUGCAGAGUGAGAUACUGAACGGAGUUCAAACAGGAACCAACAUCUAUAUCUUUUUUUUCCUCCAUAGAAAUAUGUAUAGUUGUCUGUGAUUUAACAAUAUUACAUUUACUAUGAUAGUAAUACUAUAAUGUAUAAUAAUGUCUAAUGUAUAGUAAUGUAUAUUCUAAUAGUAAUACUAUAAUGUAUACUAAUGUAUAAUGUAUAGUAAUGUACAGUCUAAUAGUAAUACUAUAACGUAUACUAAUGUAUAAUGUAUAGUAAUGUAUAGUCUAAUAGUAAUACUAUAACGUAUACUAAUGUAUAAUGUAUAGUAAUGUAUAGUCUAAUAGUAAUACUAUAAUGUAUAUUAAUGUAUAAUAUAAUAGUGAUAUUAUAAUGUA